AUGGAGAAAUUUGCAAGCAUUCAGGAGAAAUACACAACAGAAGCGCAGAAGCGUCUGCGACCUGAUGGCACUGACCAAUAUCAAGUACUGUCGCAAAGCGAUUCUGACCAUUUGCGCCACUUAGUUGACGACAUCUGGGCAGAUCAUGCUGUUCUCGAUGCACUUCCUCCGCCCCUUGCGUCGGGGGCUUGUCCAAAGUUCCUCAUCAUAGGCGCUGGAAUGGGCGGGAUAAUGAGCGCGGUCCGGCUCAUCCAGGCUGGUUUCACAGCAGAUCAGAUCCGAAUCGUUGACACGGCUGGCGGAAUUGGAGGUACUUGGUAUUGGAAUCGGUAUCCUGGUUUGCAUUGCGAUGUCGAAGCCUACGUCUACUUGCCCCUGUUGGAGGAGAUGGGGUAUAUGCCCUCCCAUAAGUACGCCCCAGGAGUUGAAAUCCGGAAUUAUCUCAAGAGCGUGGUGAAGCGCUGGGAUCUUGAGGACAAAAUUCUCUUCAGGACCAAAACAGAUAAAAUAGAAUGGGAUGAGCCUGCUCGUGUGUGGAAAAUAGAUCUCACUACUAGUCGAGGGCCAGGGGGAGCGGAAAAGGUCUCCCUAGUAGUGAACGCGGAAUUCGUGUGGUUAACAGCCGGAUUAUUGAGCAGGCCAAAAAUCCCAAAAUUACCCGGCACCGGGAUCGAAGGUUUCAAGGGCGACCUCUUCCAUACGUCGUUAUGGAACUACGACGUUACCGGGGGCUCAUCCGAAGAGGUCUUCCCGGUCUUGUCGAAGCUGAAGAACAAGAGAGUAGGCAUCAUCGGCACCGGCGCAACCGCAAUCCAGGUAGUGCCUUACCUGGCCAAAUAUGCUAAGGAAGUCUACGUGUUCCAGCGUACACCCAGCGCGGUCUACGCCCGAGGUCAACGGCGCACAGACCCGGAAGAAUGGAAGAAGAUAACCAGCCAGCCUGGUUGGCAACUGGAUCGCAAUAAGAACAUGGCUUCGCACAUAUCCAACAGCGCGCCUCCAGGCACUCCAGACUUGGUGAACGACGAGUGGACCAAGCAACUCGCGUAUUCAGCCUUAGUUGGCGACGAGAAAUUCGCGCUCGUGGCACCGGACAAGAUACCAGAUGUCAUUAGUUACUUCAUGGAGCAGGACGCGGAGAACAGCGCGAGGCUACGAGCCCGAGUCGCCGAAAUCGUCAAAGACAAGGAGACAGCUCAGAAGCUAACCCCAUGGUAUCCAGCCUGGUGUAAAAGGAACACCUUCAGUGACACAUACCUCCAAUCGUUCAACGAGCCGCACGUCCAUCUCAUCGACACCGACGGUAAGGGCGUUGACGGUGUAACGCCGUAUGGCAUUGUCGCCAACGACCAGGAGAUUCCGCUCGAUGUCCUCGUGCUAGGCACGGGGUAUCAAUCCCCGGGUGUCCUGAGCGCAGACGCAGCCGCGCACGCAGGCGUCACGUUGCUCGGCCGAGAGGGUAAGACGAUUCCCGAGCGCUGGGCGACCACAGGCCCCGCCACGCUGCACGGUUACGCGAGCCACGGUUUCCCAAACCUGUUUUGGCUCUCGCCCUUACAAGCCGGGGUCGGCGCGAACCACGUCUUCACGCUAGACACGCAGUGUCAGCAGAUCGCGUACGUGGCGGCCGAGGCACACAAACGGAUGGGCGGGUUCACUCAAAGCGGGUUCACGGUCGAGGCCGAGGAGGCGGCUCAGGAGGCGUGGAGCCAAAGAAUUGUGCAGGGCGCGGGGCGGUUUGCGACGAUGGCAAUAUGCACUCCGAGUUAUAUGAACAACGAAGGACAUGUAAAUGACCCCAAUGCUACGCCAGAAGAGAUGUUAAAACGGGCACGGGCGUCGCCGUAUAGCGGUGGCAUAUUGGGUUUCCUGAAGGAGCUGGAGGAGUGGCGUGAGGGAGAUAAAUUGUCCGGGAUAAAAGUUUCUAGCUUCGAAGAGGACUCGCUUCAGAAUUGA